GUGCCAGGCUGGUGGUGCUCGCUGGAGUCUCCCGAGUUCCGGCUCGGGUGCGCGCCGCAGCGGCUGCCCGGGUCGUCGCAGGAGUGGUUCGCUGAGAUCGUCGGCCUGCUACCGGACACAGGCUACCGCGUCCUGGCCCGCGCCGUGCCGGUGGAGAACGCGCGGAAGGGCCGCCCGGGGCCCUGGCUGGAGCACGAGUUCCGGACC